UCUUUGUAUUUAAACAUCCGGGUUUUCCUACUGGCUGUGCUAACUCUCCUCUCAGAAGCCAUUUUGGACUCAGUUCAGUUUCUUGUAUGUCAAAAUCCGACCCUGUCCCUAGCCAUUCUCGGUUUCAGAGAGGAAAAGGUGAACGCGCACAGCGAAGAACGACUAACCGAUACAUGUUUUAGUAGAAUUUGUUUGUUUUUAUUUUGUUCGUCGUAGAUGGAACAGAUCGAUCGUUUCCAGAUGGAUUUGUGUACGUUCUAAAGUUGUUAUAGCCCGUGCAAUUUUGUUGCAUUGGGGGCUGUACGCACAAAAGCAAGGCAAACUCUCGGUGCGGUGGACAUCGAAGGCCGUGGGUCAUUUGGCUCGUAGUGUUGAACCGAUCAUCUUUUUUAAAUGUUCGCGAAGGAAACGAGAUUACAAAGUGGAAAAUCCGGCGCCACUCUUUUUCAUUAAAGGAAUAUGUUUGCCUCCUGGGUGACUUUUGCACUUCUUCUGGGAACUUUUUGUGCAGGGCCCAGCCAUGGAGAGGUGGACACCCACAUGUGCUUGUACUACAACAUCAACUGGGAGAUGGAGAAGACCAACCAGAGCGGUGUGGAGCACUGUGAGGGGGAGAAGGACAAGCGCUCGCACUGCUACGCCUCGUGGAGGAACAACUCGGGCACCAUCGAGUUGGUGAAGAAAGGCUGCUGGUUGGAUGACUUCAACUGCUACAACAAGCAGGAGUGCGUGGCCACCGAGGAGAAUCCCCAGGUGUUCUUCUGCUGCUGUGAGGGCAACUCCUGCAACGAGCGCUUCACCCAUCUGCCCGAAGUCGGCCAAGGACCAGAUAUCAAGCCCUCCACGCCCUCCCUGCUCAACGUGCUGGUCUAUUCCCUGCUCCCGGUCACCAUGCUGUCCAUGGCGCUGCUGCUGGCCUUCUGGAUGUACCGCCACCGCAAGCCCCCCUAUGGCCACGUGGACAUCAACGAGGAUCCUGGCCUACCUCCACCCUCUCCACUGGUUGGACUCAAACCCCUGCAGCUGCUGGAGAUCAAAGCCAGGGGUCGCUUUGGGUGUGUGUGGAAGGCUCAGAUGAUGAAUGACUAUGUAGCUGUGAAGGUCUUCCCUAUUCAGGAUAAGUUGUCGUGGCAGAACGAGCGGGACAUCUUCAUUAUGCCAGGGAUGAAGCACGAGAACCUCCUGCGUUACAUCGCUGCAGAGAAGCGUGGGUCCAACCUGGAGACAGAGUUCUGGCUCAUCACGGAGUUUCAUGAAAGGGGAUCCCUGACGGAUUACCUGAAAGGGAACGCGGUGAGCUGGAAUGACAUGUGUCACAUUGCGGAGACUAUGGCCUGUGGCCUGGCCUACCUGCAUGAGGACGUGCCACGUUAUAAAGGAGAGGGGCCCAAGCCAGCCAUCGCUCACAGGGACUUCAAGAGUAAAAAUGUCAUGCUGAAAAAUGACCUCACCGCGGUCAUUGGCGACUUUGGUCUGGCCGUGCGGUUUGAGCCAGGGAAGCCACCCGGAGACACCCACGGCCAGGUGGGAACCAGAAGGUAUAUGGCACCUGAGGUGCUGGAAGGAGCCAUUAACUUCCAGAGGGAUGCCUUCUUGAGGAUAGACAUGUACGCCAUGGGCCUGGUGCUCUGGGAGCUGGUGUCACGCUGUAAAGCAGCCGAUGGCCCUGUAGAUGAGUACAUGUUGCCCUUCGAGGAGGAGAUCGGGCAGCACCCGUCCCUGGAGGACCUUCAGGAGGUUGUGGUUCACAAAAAAAUGCGGCCAGUAUUCAAGGACUGCUGGCUUAAACACGCUCAGGGCCUGGAGGCGUUGUGUGAGACGAUAGAGGAGUGCUGGGACCACGACGCCGAGGCCCGACUCUCAGCCGGCUGUGUGGAAGAGCGGAUCUCCCAGAUCCGCCGGCUCAAUAGUGCCACUACCUCGGACUGCCUGGUUUCUAUGGUGACUUCGGUCACCAACGUGGACUUGCCACCCAAAGAGUCCAGUAUCUGAGUCCUACCCUCCUUUCAUUUUUCCUCUAUGGUACAGAAAUCAAAACAACAUCAACAAAUGGAAAAAGACAUACCAUGAAACAUUGUGAAACAAGCAAGCAAAAUGAAACAACCUUCAUCUUUCCAGACUCAGCGGAUCUCAGACAACAACAUGAAUGCAGCUGCUAUUUUAUUCAACAUUUUUUAAUUAUUAUUUUUAUUUUUUUCUGAUCGGAUCAAUAUUACCAGCACACGUCUCUACUGUAUUUUUAUGAAGAGAGGAGAAAAAAAGAAUAAAGAAAAAAAAAAACAGCAAAUGGACAUCUCAAAGCGCAUUCAGGUGCCGACUUAUGAAUGCUGACAAGGUGCAGGUACCUCAACCUCUUCAUUUCAGUUCAUUUUUCUCUUUUUUAGGUUUUAUCUAUUCCUAUUUUUCUGUCUUCUGGACAAGAUUGCCUGUGACAACCAACAAACCAAGCAACCAUCUACCAUGUUGGACAAUACAAUAAUGCUGCAAACCUUGGAGGAACAUUUAAGACUGUUACACACAACUUUCCUCAAGGGAUUUUUUGUUUGUUUCUGAACAGUUUUUUUUUUUUUCUGACAGCAUGUGCUAUACAAAACUACGGUAAACGUGUCUUUUUACGGAACUAACGGGUGUCUCUAGAACACAGAAAAAGUUGGAAGACAAACUAAUUUCUUUUUUUUUUUUAUCGUUUUGGUUUUGUGGUGUGAAGACUGGGGUGGGAUUAGCGAGGGAUUGGAUGAACAACAUUUCUUUUUCAUGACCAGGUGUAAAAGAAAAGUUUUUUUUUUUUUUUUUUUAAAUGGAGAUGGCUUGCAUCUAUAGUUUGGUUAGUGCAUUGUCAGUGACGGUGCAUCUCAUUUGGUACGGAACUACUUCUCAGGUAACCAGUCUCAAGGGGGUGGGGGGGUUACGUCUUUUACGUCUUUCCGUGUAGCGAAAAAAAAGGCAGACCCAUCAGGAAUGAGUUGGGCAAGAAGGGGUCUACCUGACCACUUCCGCGUGGCUCAGUUCGCCCCGUGGGUUGAUGAGUCAGACUGGAAGUUGAAGGUAACCAGUAAAUUAAAACACUAAAAAACUAAAACAAUAUGUGCAAGACCAUGGUGAAGAUGUAUGGCUGUGAGUGGGUGAGUGAGAGAAUGAAUGAAUGAGUGAGUGAAUUCAUGAAUGAAUGUACGGUAUGUGCAAAAGAGUCUGAACAAGGAAGUGGGAAGUCGACCACAAAACAAGUGUUGGCCUAGAUGGCCGUCAGUAGAUAAAUGUGUUAUGUUGGCUUUUAUUUAGUUUUGUUUUUUCUUUGUUUUAUUGUUUGUUCGCAUUUUUUUUUUUCCCCCUUUGUCUUUAAUCCAGAAUACAUUUUGGAUGUCGGGAGUUAAGGACCUAGAUUCUAACAACAGAGGCCAGCCUCAUUCUCAUAAAAGCCUGUAUCUUCAACUAGUGUUGGACAUGAAGAUGGAUUCCAGUACAUGCAUCUUGGCCGGGUCCCUUCGUAUUUUACCUCUUUCUCACAGGGACCAAAAUUUGAGUUAUGACCUCAGCGGUCCUGAAUUGUAGAGACAUUUCCACAGGGCAAUGGACAAGACAGAAAAAAAAGAGUUCAAACUUCACUUCAUGACUGAACGGCCACAUUCUAUUUGAAUAGAGGGGAGAAAAAAGAAAAGAGAAAAAAAGGAUCAUUAUUGUUCUUUGUCUUAAACGUGGCACGUGAGAAACCUUAUUUCUGUAUGCCAUAAUGUAACAGUGAAUGUCCACAAUGCUGCUGUUUCAACUCAAAGAUGAAUAUAUUUCUAUAUAUAUUCCUUUUUUCUGUGCAUUACACAUACAACUCUCGGUACAAAACUGCAUACAAAUGCAUAUAUUCGUCAACAGAAUUGUCAAGGCUUCCGAGGUGAACCAGAAUAACAUAAAACAAUAAAGUCUAGAGCGAAAAUGCUAAAAAAACAGAUAAUUGUUCAUGAACCACAGACCACCUCAAACCAGAAAUACCUCAGAUUUUUCUAUGUGUAUGACUUCUGUUAUAUAUUUUGUUAGUUGUGUUGACUUGUAGUAAGUAUAUUUUAAUGUAAAUUGGCUUUUAUGAUUAGGGCGUUUUGGAAAAUUAAAAAAGUCCAAAAUCUUUUAAGAAGUGCUACAGAGUUAUGUUGCAUAAUGUGAGAGAAAUCAUGUAAAUAGCUGUAUACAACUGUAGAAUUCUGCCUAUUCAUGACACCUGGGCAUUAUUCAUUAUUUGUGCUGGCUGUUUCCUCUAGUGUUCUUUUCCUGUCUGUUACUACAAGGGACAUUGAACCUUUAUCUAUUUGGCUUAAAUCCACUAUAACAAAAAAAAGAAAAAAUCUUCAGAUUCGCCUACCCCUUUCUCUUGACUGUAUUAUACUAUAUUUUAUUUGCACAUCCCCAAAAUGCUAUUUCUUAUUAUUGCCAUUUGUUUACUAUGAUAACCUUCUUUAAAAGCAUUAUGAAUUAGCAUGGAGGUAGACAGGCGAUGCAGAUUGACCCUCUUCCAUUUUUUGUAACUCACACAAAGUGACCUCACCAAAUUUAUCAUUGUAAAUUUGUUUGUGAAAUCCCAGCUCUUUAAAACGGAUGUAUUUUUACACAGGGAAAAAAAACGACUGAUCAGUGAUUUCUUUGACCGAGCUGGUGGUUCCAAAAGGGAGGGGAGUGAAAGGUUUGGUGUCCCACCCCUGCUGUGUCCUUGGCGCAUAUAGGCUUCACGAGGCUCUGCAGUGGCUGCUUUAGACCCCCAUGAAUACACGUCACCCCCCAAACGAAGAGCUUUAAUUUAUUUCUCAUGGUGCCAUAUGUCAGCUCUGGGUUUUCUACUUCCACUUCUCACACAUGGACCACUCAAAGAUUUGAGAGCAUAUGCUCUGUGACCGUGACAGAAUAGAUUGAUAAAGUCAGAACCCCCUUGGACCCAUCUUGGUCAUCAUGGACUCUGUUUUGGUUACUUACUUCCAGAUGGAUGUGGUUCAUUAGCAUGGAUGCUAAUAGCCGUGCUGGCUUAAUUUGCUGCGAGUAUGCUUUAGCAGGUCUUCAUUUCAACUCAGAAAAGAUAGUGAAUGAAGCCUUUCCCCAAUGAAGCUUAUUGCCAAUAGUAAAAGAAAAGGAUUUGCCCCACUACCAAAGUAGUUUUUUCUCUUUUUUUUGUUGCUUUUCAAUUCAUUAUAAUACAGUGUAGGAUACAGUUAAUUGUACGAGUUUCAGACAUCAUCAAACCCAUUUGUUUUGGUCAUUGGCAUCAUUUGCUCUGCCAGUGCCCUCAGAUUUGUAAGAUAAGAGUGCAUCAGCUCUUGGCCCGUUUUCUGCUGACUGGUGCUUUGAAUAGUUGCCAACUGGGACAGACUACAUAGCAAGCAAUAUCUUCUGCAAUAGAUUUCUGUUGUUUCUAAACUGAGCGUAGGCCUACUCAGGGACUGUAAGAUCCUUGAGCAAUCAACCAAAUCCACCAUACUUUAGGUGCUGUGUUUUGAUUACGUCCGGAUUAUUCUGAUGUUCGUCGAUCCUUGUCAAUGCUUUGGUAUUUGUUGAUGGUUUGUUUCCAUUUAAUGAAUUACUGACCUCCUUUUGUACAUUUGAGAUGUAGCCAAAUUCCUUGCAUUUUGAAGUCUGCAAGAGGAUAACCAAAGUCUGUCUGUCUUCACUUCUAUAUGGGGCUGAUCUCUGGGCCCUGUCUUUGAAGUUCUUCAUGAAUUUGCAACAUGAUUCAAUUAGCAUCAAAGCAUUCAUGAAAGUCACGUGAAAUCUCUUUCAAUAUGAAGCCUGUAAGAUUGUAAGAUGAUGAUCAGCUAGUCAGUAUUCAAAUCCCCAUGUGUGAUAAUUUAGGUAACUCCGUUGGUUGCUUGGAAGCACUUUGUUUUAAAUGUUUAUAUUAAGAAAGUUUAAAAAGCUCAGACAUGAUUGGCUGUAUAAACAAUUGUUUUAAGUUAUCCACAUUACUACUGCUACAUAUGGUCAGAAAACAUCUGAAUGAUCUUAUGUAUUAGCAACAGUCUUGGAGGUUUUAUGGUUUUAUGAGGCAAUGGAAGAGACUAGUAUUUCUCUGGUGUUUCAUCAUAUUUCAGUUUCCCCCGUUAUGCCAAAAGGAAGAGUCCUCUAUGUGAAUUGAAAUAUGCUGAGGUUAGGGAUUUGGGAUAAUGUAUUUUUUUUUCAACAUGCCACUUGUUUCCAAAAAUAAUUUUAGCUUAAGUGCUGCAAAUGUAGAUGUGCACAUAUAGAACAGGCACCCCGUGCGUCAGGGUCCAUGUUGACUAAGAUGGCCUCUCCGGAAGAUUAAAUGCAUGAAAUAUCAGCAACGGUCCAAACCUCUAGCUGGAGGUGUUCUGAUGUUGUGCUUUUGUUUUCCACAUCACAUUACCCAAGCAGCCUCUGCAAAAGCCUCUCCCUUGUUUUUUGCUUCCUCUCUUGUUGUUUCUGUCAUAGUACCACAAAAAGUAAAAAAGACAAAAAAAAGCACCAUAUAUAAUAUAAAUCUCUAAAAAGUGACCAGCUGUAAUUCUGGAUGCAGUCUUAGAUCCAGGUUUUCAGGAACCAAUUACCUCAGACCUCAUGUGAAAACAGUGUUGCUAGCUGGAUAGUCGUAGAUACUAUGAUUAAGUGAUGUACACUUUCGUCUUACGAACAGGAAAACCUCUUUUGUACUGGUGUAACAUAUGAUCAUAUGACCAUGCACCCCUUGACAAUGUGAAAACCUCUUCCUUGCUGAGCUUCUGACUUCUGUUUGAGAUGAAAGAAAUGGUACUGUAUGGGAAGCCUCUAUGGAUCUCCUGUGAGUCUGUUUCACCAUAGAAGUGAAUGCAGACAGAGGGAGGCCUAGAGGCAAAUGCAACAUGCACAGGCUCUCAGAGAUUAUCAGUUGGCACAACAACAACAACAACAACAACAACAACAACAACAACUACAACAACAAAAUGACAUGCAAACAAACAACCUUAUUGGAAUUUGUAUCUGGUAAUUGAACAGGUCAAAAAAUAAUCUACUGCUAAAAAACAUUCUUGCAUGUUAACUUUGGCAACAAGCUUCUCUUUAAUUUUGUAUAUUUGUUGGUCUCAUUUGUGCCAUUUACACCAAUGUAUCCUUAUCAAAGUAUUUUCCGAUGUAAGCUAUUGUUUUGUAUGACUGCACUAUAGAAAGCUGAAGCAAACAUACAUGGAUAAGUGGAUGAUUUAAUACAUUACCUCAGUUGAAUCAAAAUUCAGGUCAAGUAUCAAAAACUGUUCUUAUCUUAGCAGUUGCUAUACAGUACUACUUCCAUGGCCUCAUACGACUUCUGCAAUGUCUGGAGUGAUACCUGGAAUUAUAUUUUCUUUUUUUUUCCCUUUUUUUUUGCCAAUGUCCCCAUCAGUACCAUGUUUUUGUCCAAACGGGUCAAGGUCACCAUAGAAGGAUACUGGAAGAAAUCAGUGGCUUCCUUGAAUGAUACCAGUGACAUUGCAGCCACUCUGAGUACAACAUGCUGUAUUCCUCUAUUUCACUGAUACACAGUCUUUGUUUUUCUAUUAGUCUUCAGGUCUCAUGUCACCACAGUCCAUGUGAUUUGGCCAAGGCGGUUCCAAAGGAGGUUUUCUUUCUUGUCUUGUCAAGGGGUCAUAUUUAAAGUGCUGUUUCUAUACCAGGAUAUGUGAAAUGUAAAUGUUGUAGGUUAUGUUUCACUAUUGUAGCUAAAUUGUAGAACAGAGAUGGCUUGUACUACUGAUUUUAACAUAAAUAUACUAAAAAAUCUGUAUGAGACAGAAGUGUAUACAGAGUUGAGCUUGUUGCUGUAACCCCUCUUUCAAUUGAAGAGUAUGUUAAAAGAAAAAAGGUUUUAUAUAUAUGAAAUGCCCAGGAAAAAUCCAACAUCCAUUGUAUUGCCGUAAUGAACAGAGGACUUUUUGAACGAUCAUUGUAACAUAGUUCUUUAAUUUGCAGUGGAUCAUUGUUCCUUUUUACUGUGGUAAUUUUAGAGCUCAGUAUCCAGAGUUUGAGAUAGAUUUGCCUAGAUUUCGGGAUGUGGUUGUUUCAGCUCUGCAUUGGUGCCAGAAUAAACCAGUAUGAAUGUAGUAUUUGCCCAGUGUGAAACAACUACAACCUGACUGUUAGAGAAAAAAUACUAGAAAGGAUUAUUUCAAUUUUAUCUUUUUGUAUAUGAAAGUAAACAAUAAAAUACUGAUAAAGCA